AUUCGCACGUUUGCGAGUCCACGGCUGUAGGUCAUGUUGAUCGCAUAUUUUAUUAAAAUGGUUGCCUCGGUUUUGGCUUACCAAGGGUAGUAGUAGCCGAACUAAAUCUCGCUACGUGCUCGGAUGAGUGCCACCGACACACAGCUAUGAUCUAAAAAUACGACGCUGGGUCGCACUGACGCACAAAAGUAAAAAAAAGUCAAAUCUUUAUCCCUUAAUAUCAUCCUCGACGUAUUGGAAGUUAUCAGCUCCAAAAAAAUUGCUUUUAGAGGUGAACGUGAACGUUACCAACGUGCAUUGAAUGAUAAUCAAGAAUAACCUAAAAAUUUCAAAGAAGUUGAAGUGGAUUCAACGCUGAAUGGGUUAAUAGGUACUUAACACAGAUUAAUUUGGCACGCAUACUGUAUAUACUUUAUAUACUUCCUGUUAAUCGAAGGUCUGUUCAUGAAAUUCAUGAAAUCAUCUGAUGCGGGUUGUUUACCAUGUUCAUAUGUUCAUCCCGUAGCGUGGUAGCCUACAUGCAGGAUACACAGCACCAGCAAAUUGCGGAUAGCAAUAUGAGGUGAAAUGAGGCGUGCAUGAUGCGGUGUUCAUGAGUCCUAUGUGCCAGCGUACAUGAAAAGGGUCGCCCGACGCCUGAAAGUCUUCAAUGUGCAGACAAACACUAAAAAUAUGUCAAGUUUACCCUCUCGUCACAAUAUUCAAUAUAAAUCCUUUUAGUAAACUCAACUUUAAAUUUUAAAUACAAGGGAGCCAAGGAAAAAAUGUUUUUGUAAACUUUAUAUUUUAAUUUCAUGCAAUUAAUUAUUUUUGUGCAAUGAAACUUUAAAAUAUCAUUUAUAAAUUAGCCGAAGUUAAUUGUUCUAAAGAAGAAUUAAAAUUCUCGAAAGUAUCCCGAAAAAUUCUUUAAAAGCAAUCAUUUAAUGCAAAAUAUGUUGAAACUUUAUUUAUUUAUUUAGAUUUACAUCUACCGUAUAAUGAUUAUGAAGAAUGUGAAAGUGAACGAUAAAAAGAAUAAAUAAAAGGACGAAGGGCUCUACGACCUGCGCGGUAAAACGCACCCUUGCCACAUCUCCGCUACUUUGAGGCGCGACGAAACGUUCGAUUCAAAUUCUGAUUCGCAAAACUGCCGCCGUCGAUGUACGAUACCUGCUGAACAUUCCCAUACUCAUCGGCCGAUACAAUACAUCGCACUUAUUAUGCGUUGCGCGUUAUCUGCGUGUCACGAGCUCGCUGUUAAUUGGAAAUAAAAAUUAGGUCACAGUCGAUCCGCAAUCACUGGUCACCUGAUAUGCAACGCCGCCGCAGUUGUUGUCGUCAUAUGAUAAUCAAAGGUAAAUAUUUACUACUCGUCCGACGAAUUGCGUGGCGUGCAAGUGUGCAUCUACACCGAGUUCCGCAUUUCGCACGUUGCAGAUGAGGCUGUUAUUAUAAUAUUUACUUGACCGCUAAAUAUAGGACUACGGGUAAUUCCGAUUCGAUGUGAUUUAUUGUAAACCAUACCAAAGUAGUGUAGAAACAAAAUUGUUCCAGUUAAUCAUGGGUGUAAACAGCAGCAAGAAACUUGCUGCCAAGUGCUCAUUUCUUUCCAAAGAUGAGCAGAUAAUUGUCAGUCAAUCAUUUAGGUUAGCAAGCAAGAAUUCUGAAAAAAUAAAAGAGGAUGAAUUAACUAAACUAUGGGGAACACAAAUGGAUGCAAGAUUAUCUCAGUACAUCAAUAAUUAUUUAUUUGGUAUUGGGGAAGCUCGAGUAAUGACUGUAGACUUGGAGAGAUUUGCUGAAUUAUUUGUUUUCUGUACUAGAGGUACUGUAGAUGAAAAAUUGAAGGUUUUGUUGAUCUCAUUAGGCAAAGGAGAAAGUGAUAAUGCAAAUGUUCCUUAUUUAUUGGUGAAAGAGUAUGUUGAGAGUAUUGUAUCAUCUUAUAUGAAGAUACAAAAGGUGAGCAAUACAAAGCAGUUUAAGAGCUGGCACUCGAAGGGCUGUUUUACAUCGCCACAAAACGUACAACGAUUUGCUGAGAGUCUCAUCCAUGAGUUAGCCACAGGCGAAUUGAUCACGCGACGCGCGCUUGAAAUGUGGUUACAGGGCGCCACAGAGCUUGGCCAGUUGCUAAUUUUUGUCUUUAAACAUCUGUACAAUAUCUCGCAUCGUGAGAAAGGUACUCCUAGCGAUCGUGCGGGGGCUGGUGUCGUUGGACUGGAAGCCGAAGCGCCCAUCAUUGAUGCCGAACGCGAUCGUAGUUUGGUGCCAAUUUGCCGUGGAUUAGACCUUAUUCCUUCGUAUCCUAGUUUGCUUGACCUCAACCAGAUCGUCUUCAUCAACGCACACUUGCCGCAGCAGUAUCAGCUGGAAUGGCGGUUUCUUUUCUCCUCGGAAAUCCACGGCGAGUCUUUCUCAACGCUUAUAGGUAGAAUAGUUAAUCAGGGACCAUCGGUGCUUAUUCUAGACGAUAUGAACGGCUGCAUUUUUGGUGGGUUUGCGCCCAGUAAUUGGGCGCUCGGACCGAACUUUUUUGGCGAUACUAGCAGCUUUCUAUUUACGCUGGCGCCAAAGAUGCGCGUGUUUGAGUCGACUGGCUACAAUCAGCACUUCCAAUAUUUGAAUUUGUAUCAACAAACUAUGCCGAAUGGAUUGGCAAUGGGCGGUCAGCACGGUUAUUGUGGUCUCUGGCUAGAUGAGGAAUAUGGAAAAGGACAUACUAGUGAAUCGUGCACUACAUACAAGGAAUAUACGCAGAUGUCACAGACGAAAGAAUUCCAAUUCCGUCAUUUAGAAGUAUGGGGACUUGGACAACCACCACCAACACCACAGGAGCGCGGCGAGCGCGUGCCUGGUAUGAGCGUGCUCGACGGCAACCCCGAGAACAAGGCGUUGUUAAAGAUGGCUGGUCGCACUAUUUACAGCGAAGGUUUGCAAGAGCCACCGCGCGAGGGCAAUUAGACCAAACGUUUAACAUGUAUGCAAUAUUUGCUGAUUGAAGUGCCAAACAAUUCCACUACAAAGAUUGUGUUACAAAAUACUAGUCACUUUGGUUUAUCUAGUUCUAAAAAAAACUCAAUUACAAUGACACUUCGAACAAAGUUAAAAAAAAGUAAACCUACAUGGCUCACCGCGUAUAUAUUCGAUUAAAAGACAUCUUUGUCCAUAAUUACAGGAGUCACACAUUCAGGAAAAAUUCAAUUUUAAGCUUCAUAUUGUUGUUGCUUGAAUUAUUAACAUUGUUAGGUUGAUUGAAUUGAUUCGUAGGAGUUGAAUUGCAUAUCUUUGCGUAGCUAUUAUUGUUCGUUUUAAUAGAUGAAUUAUUCUUGUUAUUGUUACAUUGUUCGUUUAUAUAGUUUAUAAUGUGGUAAUUGCAAAAUUUGUUGCUAGAUGUUUGAUUGAGUCAUUGCAGUUUGCAUUUUGCUCUUUCGACUCGGUUGCGGAACAUUUCCAUCAAAUAUAUUUGUAAUUUAGAUGUUCACGAACGCCGUUUGCAUAAUGAAAGGACAUACCGUCUUACACCAAUAAACAUACACAAGUCACAUGUAAACACCGAACACCAUCAUCUUAAUUCGAGUUAAAAAUCGUUGAUGUUGUAUUUAUUAUAUUGAAAUUUGGAGAUAAUCGAAUACGCACAAGCUCUGUACACCGCAAAACAGUCAUUACUUGUAUUAAUGUGUUGCAAUUAUUUAUUUUUAAUGAAAUUCUAAAAUUUA